AGUUUUGUCUUCCAGUAUGGUAUUCUUUAGUAACUAGUGUAAAAACUUCUUUGGUUUGAAAACGGAUUCUAAUUCGAGUCGAAAGCUCUAUUAGGAGAAGUUCAAUAAUUCGGGUCUUUGUCUAUACUACAUUCCAAUACGGACCACAAGGACUUGUCAUGGAAUCCCGAGCCAAUCCGUAUUGUCAUUUAUGAGCACGAACUUUUUAAGAGAAAAACUCGCAUUAUGUUCGUUGCUGCUACAAGAAACAACAAGAGCUUUGGUAUUAGUCUAUUUGAAGCAAAGCAGUCAUGAGUGGACAAUCGAAUAUUGACAUCUCGUACGAAGGGAAGGAUGUUGAUCAAUUAUCAGCCGCUGUACAUGGUACUAUCAAAUACUUAACCCAUCUUCAGAACUCGCUAGAUGACGUCAAAGACAACACUAAAGGACUUUUCUGGUGGACUUCGACUCUCGUGUCCAUCUGUCUCGGACUUUUCCUCCUUUCCCAACUUAUCCGUCUUCGCCAGGAAGUGACUACAUUAGUCCAGUACCAAGAGCUCUUCCGAAGAAUGUGGGAUGAGGACAGAGAAAUUGAGGAAGAGAGGAUAAAAGAACAGAGGCAAGAGAAGAGGUUAGAAGAACAGCGAAGACAAGCCCGGUCAACCGCACGUGGCAGAGCUGGAUCAGAGUUCCCACCGAGAAGAACGCCCACGGCAUCGCCUCGCCGCGGCUGGGCAACAGAAGAACCAUACGCUCCAACAUCUCAGUAUAAUAGACUAUCACCAUUCGGAGCUAAAGUCGACGCGGCUCUCAAUAAUGCCCCCUUGCAAGAAGAGGAUCGUGAUGAAUGGGUUCGCAGGGUAGCAUCUAUGACUCAGGAUCUAAGGCGAAAUUAUUACGGGGGACAAAAUCAAGAGGAGGAGGAGGAGGGCGAUCAAGAGGAUAUUUGUUCGUGAAAGUUCUUAAGAUAAAAGACAUGGAUUGUAGAGAAGGAAUGCAGAAACAUUUUUCACAUUGGUUUAGACACAGUGUUAAGUACUUGGGUAUUCUAUUAAUCGAGACGAGCGUGAUUUAUUAACUCCGAUAUA